CUCACUCCGGACCCAAGGCUUCUCUCAUCCAGGAGGGACCCGAGCGCAGCACCGCUAACGCACGUAGCUCAGCAGCACUCUGCAAGCAGUAGGAGAGCCGGCCUGGACCAUGUCUGAGCCAUCGGAGCAGGACUUCCCCAAGGAGCACGGCUUCUCCAAGAAGCUACUGAUCAACUGCUGCCUGGUCCGCCGCAUCAUCAUGUGGGCCACGCCCGCCCCGAAAGACAGCGUGGAGGAUGAGCUGGAGCAGUCGGCAGUGCGCCACCGGCCUGAAGGCCUGGAGCAGCUGGAGGCUCAGACCCGCUUCUCCCGGAAGGAGCUCCAGAUCCUGUACCGCGGCUUCAAGAACGAAUGCCCGAGUGGAGUGGUCAACGAAGACACCUUCAAAGACAUCUACUCACAGUUCUUCCCGCAAGGAGACGCCUCGACAUAUGCACAUUUUCUGUUCAACGCCUUCGACACGGACCACAAUGGAUCUGUGAGUUUUGAGGAUUUCGUCAUGGGCCUCUCGAUCCUCCUGAGGGGAACCAUCACGGAGAAGCUCAACUGGGCCUUCAACCUGUACGACAUCAACAAGGACGGCUACAUCACCAAAGAGGAAAUGCUGGACAUCAUGAAGGCGAUCUACGACAUGAUGGGGAAGUGCACGUAUCCGGUGCUCAAAGAGGAGACACCGCAUCAACACGUGGAGAUAUUCUUCCAGAAAAUGGAUAAGAACAAAGACGGCGUGGUCACCAUCGAUGAGUUCAUCGACUGUUGCCAAAAUGACGAUAACAUCAUGCGGUCGAUGCAUCUGUUUGAAAACGUCAUCUAACCGUGGAGAUGAUAUGACCGCCGAGGCUAUGGUGUGGGGGGGGGGACGCUGUUGUGGUCUUCAUCCUCAUAAUCUUCGCCCGGGCUCCACUCUGCCCGGACUGGACUGUAGGGAGCAGACCCACGUUUCAACGUUUCACGCCCUCGGGUCUGAAGAGAGAAUUUAAAUGGAGCGGCUCAGUGGAAGCAGUCUCAAAAUGACAUUCUAUUAAUAAUUAACAUUUCUAGAUCAAUGUUCAACACUUUGUUUCAUUCCUGAAUGGUACACGUGUUGCCUGGGAGGAAUACCUUUCACAACAAGGAAUAAUUACUAUGUUUACGGUCACAUUGUGUUUCUUUGCAAGCGAUAACCCGGGUCAGCUUUCAGCAUUAUUGACCGAGGAGUUUUAUCACUAAGAUGAGUGUGUAGUUUGAGAACAAGAGUCAUAGCAAGAGAUUAUUUAUUUUUCUGUUGGCCGUAGUAUUUGCUUUGAAGGAUCAAAAUCACUGUGAUAUAAUCCAUUCAUAAUUAACAUUAAGGAAAUAACUAACGAUCAUCCUAUUGAUUUUAUAUUUGAAACUCAGUUUCCGUCAGAUUUUCAACGUUUCUGGAGCGUUCUUACCAUAAGUUACACGAUGUUGUCUGUACUGUGUUCCCCAAAGUGAGCAUUCACAGAAUUUAGAUUGUACAAUUUUUAAUAUUGUACAUAUUAUAGAUGAUUUAAUUGCUUUAGUUAAAAACCACUAUGAAAAACUUUUGAACUUUAUUCGUGUUUACUUGCCAACUAGAAUGAGAAUGAGAAAUUGUGUGAAAUCAGACCUUUCAAUUCUAACUUUAUCAACAGAAGCACAGGGAUACAUAUAAAUAUAUAUUUACCAUGAGUAUAAAAUUAAACAAUAUCUUAACCAGAGAUAGGCUGCUUUCAAUGUUUUUCAUUUAAUCUGAUGCGUAUUACCUUGAUGCAAUGAUGCAUACUUUCCGUAAUUCCUCUAUGAGUUUCAAAAGGGUUAAUUUUGCUGUUUUUCCCCGAAAGGCAAUGGUUUGAGUUUAUUUAUAUGGCAUUGUUGCCAUUGGUUAAUCGAUUGCCAGUUGUACAGUAUUACAAGCGAUUAUCUUACAGCCUUUUUAAAUGUUGGCUACACGUACUUAUUUGUGUGUUAUAGUGAGCGUGUUGUUUGAACGAUUGUUUUCAGUCAGUCUCUUACUAUGUGGUAGUUUGUAUGGGUCUCUUUCGAUCUUGGGUAAAUGUGCUUUUGGCUUUUUACCCUCUGACCUCUCAUCCUUUUUCCUUGCCAUGUUGGUAUGGAGUACUAAUCCGAGCAGAAGGCCUGCUGGCUAAACCUUUACUUUAUUUGAUACUUGAUGUUAACAGUUGACAAAUGGCCCUCUGUCUCAAUUAGAAAACUGUAUUCAUAUAAUUUAGAUACCAGCUGUGUUGGUUCUUACAAAUGCUUUUAACCACGAAAAGUUAGUUUUUAGGAAAUGCAAACAGAUAGAACACUACAUUAAUUUCUGAAUGAGGCAUGCUCGUUAUUGAUUAAGCAUGCAUUUCCCUUUUGAGAGGAGUACUUGAAAUUGUGUUUCUGAGCAGAGGCAACGUGUUCAUUGUUAAGUCAAAAGAGAUGACUCGUCUUUUUCAUUGCGUUGUUUUGUUUUGUUUUUUAUGCCUUGACCCUUAAGGAAAUGUAAAUUUGAUCAACACAUCUCUAUUUAAAAAAUUGAUAUGCAUUUGUGUUUGUCUGAGAAAAUGGUUGAAUCUACUACGGCUGGUGUUUCAUCCCAUGACUUUCAUGCAAGACUGUUUUGGAAAUCAAAACAUUUCUGGGGGUGGUCAAUUUAAAUAUUUUAUCAUAAUACUUUGCGCCUGAUUUGUUAACUUAUUUACAAAAUAUUUUCAGGCUGGACAAUUUCUUGAUAAGGGACUCAUUACCAAUCAGAAAUAGUUGUAUAACCACAUUUGUCGAUAUUUUUUUCUAGUUCAGCCCCUCACAUGAUACUAUUUUGCCCUAACAACAUUUGUUGGUUUGGGCCUGGGGUUAUUCAAGAAAAAACAAUUAAAACAGAAACAAAACUCCGUUUUUGGUUUAUUAUUGUGCUGAAAUUAACUAACAUGACGAGACAAAAAUUGGUGCGACACUGCCAUCUUGUGGUGCUGCGGAUAUUACACCCAACUGGAGAUUGGACUCAGUAGAGUUCAAGCUGAUGGGGAGCAUGUUGAAAACGGGACAUUAUUCUGAAUAGGGCUGCAUUAAAUCCGGGGUAAGUUUGUGAAUUAGACUACAAUACUAAAGGAUGUACACCGACAGACAUUUAUGUCCAGUUGUGUAGAGUACAUUUUAUAAGAACGACAAUAAACCGAUGAGAAUGUCUCCGUCUCUGUGAAGCCGAUCCACAGGGAUACUAAACUGUCUUGGGGCCCUGAGCUAUGGUCCUUUGGGGCCACCCAUCAAAGCCUACAGUAAGCCGUGUCGGGUGACCAGUGUAAGAGUAUGAAACGUAAAUCGUAAAUCUGACCAGUCGACCACAACAAAGAGGUGAGAGGUGAUCGUAGCAAGAGAGCUGCAAUUUGUCCAUCCCAGACAAUGGGUUUGAUUCCCGCCACGGGUAUCGAUGGUGUACUGCAGAGCUGUUCUAUUAAUAAACGCGACAUGGGUUUAAAUCUCACA